AUGGCUACACCGCGAAUGUUUCAGUUAUCCAAGGGUAAGCCAAUCAUCCCUGAGCCUGGGCAGACAACCACAGAAGUUGUUCAAAGACAAGUAGAAGAAGUCAUUCGUAUUGCUCUACAGGGACAUGAGGGGGACCGCGUUAUCACCAGACCUGAAGAAUCGACCGACGCAGAGGGAAGUCAUUUGAGGCGAUAUAUGGGUUGGGGUGUUGGGAGAGAUCUGAGCGUUUUAGACUAUGGCCUUGAACGCGAUAUGUCUGCGUAUGAUUGGCAAGACCUAGAAAUUACAUCGCCAGCGCUCUUCGCCACGGAAAAGUCCUUCGCCGAGGUUCAUCGUGUCCUAACAGCAAUUUACAACAAUUUCUGGGUAUUUGCACCAGAGACCGCCGGCUUGCAUAUCCAUUAUGGACGAGGCAAGGAGUGGAUACCAAUCCAUCAUCUGCGCCGGAUUGCUGCUUUCCUUUACGCUGCUGAUCCAAUCCUAACUCAGAUGCACCCUCCUCAUCGCCGGGAAUCAGAAAAGAAUUUUUGCCCAAGUAAUCGGCACUACAGCGCCUUAGCACACGGCGUAUCACCGGCACAGGCGGGUAGACACCUUCGAGUAGGUAACCUUGACGAAGGACAUUAUGAGAAGGACUCGGUACCCAGUCCCCCUGAAUCAAGACCUGAACCUGAAACAAAACGUCCUGGAUUUAUCCCUAUCUUUAAACGAGGUACUCUCGAAGGCUACAAGUUUGACAAGAAUUACUUUGCUUCAGGUGAAAUUGAAUGGGCAGCAGAGGGAGGAUAUCUACCAGAGCGACAGGUAGGUAAAUCUUUAGAUAUCAUAUCUGGCGUUCGGGAGCUCCUGUCUGCCCUAAGCGGACCAGUAAUAUCCGUAUUGAUGCAGCACAAGACUUGGCGCCGUUGCGCGUACAACUUCGCGGCUUACGACGUUGGUGCGUACGGGGCGGUACAUAUAUACGGAGCCGGACCCUUUCUUCAAGCGCAGCCCAAGCGGACUAUUGAAUUCCGGCAAGCUACAGGUACAGUUAAUGCCGAUGAGGUUGUCGCUCACGCGCGAGUAGCUGUGCGCUUAUGCCUAGUCGAUGAGGCGAGGGUUAUCCAGAGACAGAUAGCUAAACAGCGAGGGAUUGAAAUUACUGAUGAAGGCCUCGAUGAUAUCUUCAACAUCGCUUAUUCACUCAAAACCCCGGCGAAAAAUGAUAUUAACCCCCCGCAAGAGAUUGCAGAUCGAUUGUCUAAGGUCUAUUAUGCUUGCGGUAUGCUUAUCCGAGAGUCCGCACUGCGAUUGAAACUUCUCAAAAAGAAUCGAGAACUUGCUCUAGCCUUAGAACAUAUCGACGAAGAGAGUGGGCUCGCCAAAAGGUGCAAAGAGCUACGGCUUUGGAUGGAGGCGAUCUGCAUUUAUUGCUCUGUUAUAGACAUUUUGCCGUAUGCGAUGACAACAAAUGAGAACGCGACACCACACGAGACGCUCGCUAUUAUAGAGAGACUCCAUGAUCGUAUCUCUUUGACCAAAACGGAAAUUUCCCAUCUCGACUUUGACGAUGAUAGAGCCGAGCUUCGAAGGGCUAUGAUUAUUGCAGAAAGCGCCCUCGAAACGCCUACUAUUCACAAGCAUUUCAUUAUACCAAGGCGCCCUUCAAGCAUUUACACAAGACGAGAAGAAGAUGUUAUGAUUAAAGCCGCAUUCGAGGAUAAGUCAUGUUUUAGCCAAAAGAGAUUCGUACUCUUCGGCAUGGGAGGUUCGGGGAAGACCGAGCUAGCGUUAAAAUAUGCAGAAGACUUCCGACAACUGUUCUGGGGCGUUUUCUUGAUUGAUGGUAGUUCUCGGAAGCGUGUGUCUGGGGGCUACUCGGACAUUGCCAGGACCGUAGGGAUUGAGCCUAACGAAGACUCUGCUAAGAAGUGGUUGGCCCUACAGAACAUGCCAUGGCUACUGAUAAUCGACGAUGUUGAUCCCUUUGGGAUUAACUUGGAAGAUAUACUUCCUGCUGGCCGUAAUGGGUGUAUUCUAUUAACUUCCCGCAGCCCUAGGUAUAAUCGCUACGGCACUGCCGGUAAGAAGUACAUGGGGGUUCGGCGCAUGGCAGAGGAGGAAGCCAUUCACCUCGUCCUCAAGGCAGCCGCGUUUCCAACCCCAUGGAGUAUUAACGACAAGAAGUCAGCAAGAGGGAUAGCUAAAGCUGUGGAUUCCUCCCCAUUAGCCUUGGUCGCCGCUGCGUCAUUCAAGUUUGAUCAUUUCUCACCGGAGGAAACUCCGUGA